UGGUCUAUAAGAAGAAAAUGACCGAUCACGUGGUGGAAAGUACGUUCGAGCUUUCAGCUUUCAUGAAAGCUGGUGUCAUGGCGGAUUCCGAGAGAGAUAGCGGCUCUUGCAGUAGUGCCGACGAAGACAGUAGAUCGAGUUUGCAUUCACCUACGUCAUCUGAGGACAGUGUCGAAGUGCAGGUGAUACCUAUUUCGUUGCGGAACAAGCGAAAAUUAGCAGAGCCACGGAAAAUUCAAGAACCGGCAAUCAUCGCAGCGCCAUUGAAGAAGAGACGGUUUGAUCCUAUUUCCGAGGAGACAACCAUUGAUCAAGAGGAGACCAGAUCGCUGAACAUGCCGAAUCCUUUUCGACCAUGGAUUCCCGCUUCCUAUAAAAAUGAAUCCAAGACAACCGCGACUUCGUCGACGGUUACGUCGACAAAUACGAUUUCAAAUACCAUAACAACAACUACAACGACGACGACAACGAUGACGACAUUGUCUAGCGAGAGAGAAGAAGAAAAAGAAGAAAGAAGGAGACAGCAGGAUGAGACGACGCAGAGGCUGCACGAAUCAUUCAGAAGACUACAACAUCCUACCGGUCACAAUCGAUCAGCUGUUGCAUCUCGACGAGAAUCUCGUCAGAGGUUAGAACCGGUAGCACCAAUAGCAACAACGACGACAUCUCCGUCGAAUACGAUCUCUCUACCGCAUCCUAGGCUACAGGACGAGCCAUUAUCUUUGGUGGUGAGAAACGAGGUACCCAGAGUGCCGUCGCAUCCUGCUGUAAGUGGCUCCUACGAAAAGACGCCAUCGUAUAUGAUGGAACACUUGUUGGCAGCUUCGUCCAGUCGGAAUCAUCAAAAUCAUCAGACUCAUCAGAGUCAAGGAAGUCAUCAGAAUCACCAAGUGGCCCCCACAACAUCGAGACAACAUCAUCAGGGCGGCCAACAGAGAAAUUAUAAGAACAUGACGAGAGAGAGACGGAUAGAAGCGAACGCUCGGGAAAGAACUAGAGUGCAUACCAUCAGCGCGGCCUUCGAUACUUUAAGACGAGCAAUACCUGCAUAUUCACAUAACCAAAAGUUGUCGAAGCUAUCAGUACUGAGGAUUGCCUGCAGCUACAUCAUGACGCUUAGUAAGAUUCUCGGGAAGGACGGUGAAGUGAUGGCCGCAAAAAACAAUGGCCUUGCAGGCUUGAGUAGCUGUGUGGAACUGGUCUCUAGGACCAUUCAGACGGAGGGUAAACUCAGAAAGCGGAAAGAAGACUGAACGAAUCGCGUUUUCACCUGAACAAGAUUGGAACGACGGACAAGGGAAUCUGUUACAAUAGAAACGGCGAGGAAUGUUCCGCAUUGUCAAACGCUUAUACUUCUAUUCUCGAUGCCAUGUGAUUCACGGGAAAGGGGAGAACGAUGUAAAGUUAAGUAAUCUAAACAAGUAAUUAUCGCCGGUUUUUAUGCUGUGCGUAUUAAUUCGUGGAAUCGACUAGGAAUGCGUUGACUAGAGUCGCGAGUCACGAAUGCGAUUGAAGGAUUUUAGAAAGUAGUGAUGAUAAGAUCAUUUAAAUUGA